GUGUGUGUGAGUGUGUGUGUGGUGUGAAAUGUGCUUUUCAAAGUGCUGAGAGGUUGAUGGGAAUGUUUGAUUAGCUCCUCAGAGAAAAGAGAAAAGUUGCUUGGACCUCUUUUUGUUUCUUCUGUAGAAUAAUUUGGAUGGGAUUUGUGAUGCAGAAAAGCUUAAGGAAAAAAGGAUAUCCAUUCUGUGUGGUGGAAAAUUUUUGAAAAAAAUUGCUUUCUUCAAACAAGGGUGCUGUUUUGAUAUUUAUGGGGAGUGUUGUCCUCACUAUGAAGGCAUCUGUUAUUGAAAUGUUCCUUGUUUUGCUGGUGACUGGAGUACAGUCAAAUAAAGAAAUGACAAAGAAGAUUAAGAGGCCCAAGUUCACUGUGCCUCAGAUCAACUGUGAUGUCAAAGCUGGAAAGAUAAUCAAUCCUGAGUUCGUUGUGAAAUGUCCAGCAGGAUGUCAAGACCCCAGAUACCAUGUUUAUGGCACGGACGUCUAUGCUUCCUACUCCAGCGUGUGUGGCGCUGCGGUUCACAGUGGCGUGCUUGAUAAUUCAGGAGGGAAAAUACUCGUUCGGAAAGUGGCUGGACAGUCUGGCUAUAAAGGGAGUUAUUCCAACGGCGUCCAAUCAUUAUCCCUACCACGGUGGAGAGAAUCCUUUGUCGUCUCAGAAGGUAAACCCCAAAAGGGUGUAACCUACCCAUCAGCUCUUACAUAUUCAUCAUCUAAAAGCCCGGCUGCCAAGGCAGGUGAGACCACAGAAACCUAUCCAAAGCCAUCAGUUCCAGGGACAACCGCACAGCCGGUCACCCGGAUGCAGGUGCUGGGGCCCAGCCCAGCCGGAACCGCCCAGAGCUCCUUGCCAAAGCCGUCCCUGUCUGCGGGCUCUCCCACCAGCAGCCUCAGGCCGCAGCCUGUGGGCCACCGAAGCUGGGAGCGGGAUCGCUGGUCCACCACCACCUAUGUGAGCAGGCAAAAGAACCCCCGAGCCACUGCAGGAAUCCAAAGGCAGGAUUCGCCCGGAGCUGCUUUCCAGAAAUCUGCCGGAGUGCCUGUCAGCCUGGGAUUUGUUCCGAAAGAAGAAUUAAGCACACAGUCUUCGGAGCCAGUAUCCCAGGGAGAUCCCAACUGCAAAGUUGACUUGUCAUUUCUAAUUGACGGGAGCUCAAGCAUUGGCAAACGUCGAUUCCGAAUCCAGAAACAGUUCCUGACUGAUGUUGCCCAAGCUCUUGACAUUGGUCCUGCCGGCCCACUGAUGGGUGUUGUUCAAUAUGGAGACAACCCUGCUACCCAGUUUAACCUCAAGACUCACAUGAAUUCCUGGGAUCUGAAGACAGCCAUAGAGAAAAUUACCCAGAGAGGAGGGCUUUCUAAUGUAGGCCGGGCCAUCUCGUCUGUGACCAAGAACUUCUUUUCCAAAGCUAAUGGAAACAGAGGCGCCGCUCCCAACGUGGCCGUGGUGAUGGUGGACGGCUGGCCCACAGACAAGGUGGAGGAGGCCUCAAGGCUCGCAAGAGAGUCAGGAAUCAACAUUUUCUUCAUCACCAUUGAAGGUGCUGCUGAAAAGGAGAAGCAGUAUGUGGUGGAGCCCAACUUUUCAAACAAGGCUGUGUGCAGAACAAACGGCUUUUAUUCACUCAACGUGCAGAGCUGGCUCAGCCUCCACAAGACCGUGCAGCCCCUGGUGAAGCGAGUCUGUGACACCGACCGUCUGGCUUGCAGCAAGACCUGCCUAAACUCAGCAGACAUUGGCUUCGUCAUUGACGGCUCCAGCAGCGUGGGGACAGGCAACUUCCGCACGGUUCUCCAGUUUGUGGCCAACCUCAGCAGAGAGUUUGAGAUUUCAGACACAGACACACGCAUUGGGGCUGUGCAGUACACCUAUGAGCAGCGGCUGGAGUUUGGGUUCGACCAGUACAGCUCCAAGCCUGACAUCCUCAACGCCAUCAAGAGGGUGGGGUACUGGAGCGGGGGCACCAGUACGGGGGCUGCCAUCAAUUAUGCCCUAGAACAGCUCUUCAAGAAGUCCAAGCCCAACAAGAGGAAGCUAAUGAUCCUCAUCACUGACGGGAGGUCCUACGAUGAUGUCCGAAUACCAGCCAUCACUGCCCAUCACCAGGGAGUGAUCACCUAUGCGAUCGGCGUUGCGUGGGCCGCACUGGACGAGCUGGAUAUCAUCGCCACUCACCCUGCCAAGGACCACUCCUUCUUUGUGGAUGAGUUUGACCACCUCUACAAAUUUGUCCCCAAGGUCAUCCAGAACAUUUGUACAGAGUUCAACUCCCAACCUCGGAACUGAGUUCAGAGCAGGCCGAGCACCAGCGAAUGCGGUGUUCCUGACUGGCCCUGGGACAACCCCGAGUGCUCUGUGGGGUGCACGGGGCAGCAAAGCACGUGGGGCUCGGGAAAUGGAAGCACUGUUGCUAUUUUUUGCCGGUGUGGUUCUUCAUACUUCAAAACUUGGAGUUAGAAAGAUGAUCAUAAAUUUAUAGAAUGAAGCAAAAUGAGACAUCAUUUUGAGGGUACUGAGGAUUUUACAUUUUGAGAAGUGUUUGCAAAAUAAAUGUUCAGCAUAGAGUGCAGUACUUUGACAGGCUUAACUAAAGCUUUGGUGAGGUUUUAAAAUCUUUAUUUCUCAUCAGAAUCUGUAACCCCCAGCAAGUUUCAUUUUUGUCAUGACAAUAUAGGAGUUGCUUAGUUAACUGUCUAACAGGAUUACAUGUAAUCACUCUGACUGUGUUGUGGGUAGCGCUCACAGGGUGUGUGGCAGGGCCACCUUCUGCUCUUCAUGUUCCCCAGAGGACCUGCUGUGCACUCAGUCCUGGCCCAAGGUGACAACACACCAUGGGAAUGAGGAGAAAAUGUACCAGCCGCAUGGCUGCUCCUCACUUAUCUCCCAUUUAUCUGUUCUCUGAAUGCUAUGUACCUGCAGUUCACAGCUUUAGGGGUGGGUGGGGAGCAGCCCCGGAGGACCAAGUUGGUCUGGCUUAGAGGCAGUGCAUUAGGCUGGUGCAGACAUUCUUAGCCUCCGCUGCACACUAGAAUCUCUUGGGAGACUAAAAUUCUCAUUCCCAGGCCCAACCCCAACACCAGUGACACCUGAGUCUGUUGGAAUGGAGCCUGGACCCUGGCAUGUGAGAAGAGCCCCCUGGUGACACAGGUAUGUACCGGAUUGAGAACCACCGAGCCACUGCUGUGGGGUCAGUGCAACAGCUGUUUCCUGGGAAAGCCCCUGGUUACACCUGUUUCUUGGGUCCCACCCAGUUUAGCAUUUAUCCUGGAGUUUUCAUUUGUUAAUAGAUAUUAUUAUUAAUAGUUACAUUAAAAUGAAUCAGGAUGGGGUUUGGUUGAACUCCAUGUUUUACUUCCAGCUUCUGCCAAGGACUCAUCUCUUUGGGUGUGAAAUACAUGUAAAAUGGGGAACAUUCAAAGGAAUCAUAAAUAAAAAUGACUUACUUGACAAGCUAUGUUUUGUAAAAAUAUGUGUUGGG